UGUUCUUGUUGUUCAUUUCCUCUCUCUCUCUCUCUCUCUCUCUCUCCAAAAUUCAAGAGAGAGAAAGAAAAACCGUGUGGGAUCAAAGUGGUGAUCUUGAUCAAUCCCUCAGCCUCGUUUCUUUGACCUUUAAGCAAUUCACUUUCCAAAUUCUUCCUUUCCCAUUUCUCUUUCUGCAGAUUUUUCUUCAGUUUCAGACUCCUUUUUCCCAUUUUUUUCUGUUCCUCUCUCAUUGGAACAAAACAACAUUAAAAAAACCAAAUUGUGGGUUUGUUUUUUGCACACAUGGUGAUUGAUGAAUUGCCUUGUUUUAUUUAAUUUUUUUCACCCUUUUUCUUUCCACAAUCGGCAAUCACCAUUCUGUGGAUCAUUGAUCAUUGAUCAUUCCAUGGUUCUCAAUUUUGCUGUAAGUCUUUAAUGGCACACCAAAAUUGAAACCUCAAAGUUUGAGUUUUUGUUUUAAAAAAUUAUUCUUUUAUGGUCAAAAUUUAUUAUUUUUGUGUUUUGUGAUCAUGGGUUGUGCUAGUUCCAAGCAAAAGAAACGUUGCCGCCAUUGCAAUGCUCCAUAUUCUCCUGUUUCCAGAAGCUACUCAAUGCAUGUUCAUCAUCCUCCACAAGCUGAAGGUGAUAACUACCAUGUUGUGGCACUCAAAUCCACCACCCUAGACAGCAUGAAGCUCAAUCCCCCUGCUCCAAAGCCUUCAUCUAAAGAAAUGCUUACAAACAGUGAGAGUUUCAGGUUUGAUCAUGGAACAAGCUUCAUCCCAGAGAAAGAGAAGGAGGCGAUUAAGAAGAAGGAAGAGUUUUCAAUGGAGUUGGUUGAAGCCAAGACUUGGUCCAACAUGAUUGAGCAAAAGUUGACAAAAGUUGUUCCUAAAACACCAACAAGAACACCACCUGGUGAACCUGAAACAAUCAACACAUGGGAAUUGAUGGCAGGGCUUGAAGACACAAGCCCUUACAGAUCACCAAAUCACUUCAAGAGCUUCUCUUUUGAUAUCAAGGGUGAUGAUGAUGAUAAUGAUGUUGAUGAUGAUGAUGAUGAUGAUGUCCAAGCAGAACUUAGAACUCCAGUAUCAAAAGCCCUUGUUGAUGAUCCACCAAGGUCAUUGUGGAUUAGAAUGAGUGGAGAAGAAGCAAGACUCAACCCUGCAAUCUCAGAGUUUGAUCCUGAAGUCAUUGCAUCUUUUAGAAAAUCAUUGAUGCAGCUAUCACCUGAAAGCCCUUUUCACCUUAGGCCAUCAACAUUGUGUGAUGAAGAGAAACAAGUAUCCAAUAAGAAGAGCAAAGGCAGAGGAGGAGGGGGUGACGAUGAUCGAGUAGUUUCGAAUUCGAAGGAUGUUGAUCUUGUUGUUCAUCCUUCUUCUUGUGGGAAGGAAAAAGUUGUGUUGUACUUCACAAGCCUUCGUGGGGUGAGGAAGACUUAUGAGGAUUGUUGCCAGGUGAGGAUGAUCCUCAAAGGGAUGCAUUUGAGGAUGGAUGAGAGGGAUGUUUCGAUGCAUUCAGGGUUCAAGGAGGAGCUGAAAGAACUUCUUGGUGAUGCAUAUAGUGGUGGAGGGUUGCCAAAGGUGUUUGUUGGCAGGAACUACAUUGGUGGAGCUGAAGAGAUUCAGAGAUUGCAUGAAGAUGGGAAGCUUGAGAAGAAAUUGGAAUGUUGUGAGAGGAUUGAAGAGAAAGUUUGUGAGGUAUGUGGUGAUGUUAGAUUUGUUCCUUGUGAAACAUGUUCUGGAAGCUGUAAAAUCUACUAUGAAGGUUAUCAUGAAGAAGAAGAGCAACGAGAUUGUGAUUGUGAUGAUGGUGGAUUCCAACGUUGCCCUGAUUGCAAUGAAAAUGGACUAAUUCGUUGCCCCAAUUGCUGCUAUUAGUUUCAUAUACUUCCAGGUGAUACUUACAUAAAGACCUUUUCUUUUUUUGAGUUUUUAGUCCUUUAUUUUCUCUGUGAGAUUUUGUUGUAUAGUGAACUUUUUUUAGCAUGCUUGAUACUAUUAGUGAAGAUCAUGGAAUUGUGCAAUAGAAAGAGUGAAAUAUUGUGUUCUAAUUUGUCUCUUUUUGCACAACCACUGCAGCUUGUUGCAUAGUGUACACUUUUUUAAUUUUCCAUUCCACCCAUAAAAAAAAAUCCAAUAAAAAUAAAAAUACAAAGAAAGAAAGAAAGAAAGAAUUCUGGGUUGUAUUGUAUGAAAUUUCCUUUUCAUGUAAAGUGAAUUACUAAUUUAGUUAGUAUAUGUGCAUUCUUUUACUUCAAGAUGAAUUCUCCUUUUAACAAUUUCAAAGAUGUAAUGUUGAGUCACCACAUCAAUACAUUAGAGGUCUUGAAUGAGGAAUGAUUUCUGGACUUAUGAGCUCAAUUCAAUUACCAUGAUUUUCAUUGUGCUACCAAAUUUAUCAUUCACAGUAUCAUUUGUAGGUAGCACAUUUUUUGCAGCCUCCUAUAUUGGAUCACAGUUUCUCACUUU